AUGGCAUCGCCAAUGGAUACAUUUAAAAACAAUCUUUUUGGUCAAUUGAAAUCAUACGGUGAUACUGUUCAAGAAAUUUUUGAACAGCGUAUUGCUCGCCCAUUACUUGCAUUGAAACGAGAUCUUAGUCGACCAGCAUCUUCAAUUCAUACUGGAUCUCCACAGGAAUCCGUUAUACGACCAAACCAAACAUCAUUCAUUAAACAGCAAGAAUCAGUACUACCAUCAUCAUCGCCAAUUGAAAUAAUUGAUAUUGAAACAAGUGCUUCAUUGGAAACAGUAUUUGAUAAAGUCAAUUAUACAUUAUCAUCACCAAAACGGUGUACAUCAGAAGAUUCUUCAACAGAUGAUUCAAUUAAGCCUACUAGAGAAUAUCGUCAUGCAUCUAUUUGCUCUCUAUCGAAUAGAAAUCAUCCUAGAAAUUUGCUACGUCAUAAAAGUGUUUCAUUUGUUGAUAAUAAUAUUCAAUAUCAUAAUAAUGAUGAUGAUAAUAAUAAUGAUAAUGGCACUGAUAGAAAUAAUCAAUAUUUAAUAGAUGAACCAAGAGAAAUUCUUGCCAAUGCUCAUGCAUGUGACCAUAAUAUUUUAAUGCCAAGAAUUGAUGAAAGAACAAUACAUUCGAUAAAUUUCUCGGAUACAUUACCAAUUUUGAAUGAUCAGGGUCAUAAUUUUAAACGUGAAUUCUAUCAAUCAGUACGACCGCGAAGAAUUUCAAUUGGUAAUAGUCAUGAUUUAAUUUAUCAAGAUCUAUCAGCUGAAAUCGUUUCCUAUGUAUUGAAACAUGCAUUACGAAUGUUAGAAAAAGAAGAUGAAGAUUUGUUGUUAGCAGAAAAUGGAAAAACUAUUAAUACAAAUGAGUAUCAUGAAGAUUUUAUUGAUUUAAAAUAA